AUGGACUUAUUGAAAGAUGCAACCAAGCACUUAUCACUCUAUGAAGUGAAAGCCUACGUCAGGAAGGCUCAAAACGUUGCCAUGAACUUAACCGAGAUGGAAGCUAAAGUAAGGGAAGCUACCAAUAAUGAACCUUGGGGUGCAUCAACUAAAUUGAUGUCUCAAAUUUCCGGUGGUACUUACAAUUAUAGAGAAAGAGAAGAAAUUAUCAGCUUUAUAUUUAGAAGAUUCACCGAAAAGGCUACUAACGAAUGGAGACAAAUCUACAAAGCAUUACAAUUGUUGGAUUAUUUGAUCAGAAAUGGUUCAGAAAGAAUAAUUGAUGAUGUCAGAUCUAAUCUUUCAUUGAUUCAAAUGUUGAAAAGUUUCCAUUAUAUUGAUUCUAAAGGAAGAGAUCAAGGUAUUAAUGUUAGAAAUAGAGCCAAGAACUUGAUCAACUUAUUGAAUGAUGACAAUCAAUUAAGAAAUGAACGUAAAAAAGCUAGAACUAAUCAAAAGAAGUUUGGUGGUGUUUCAUCCGCAGCAUUUGGAGGAGCUUCUUCAAUUUCAACUGGUGGAGAAGCUGAAGAUGGUGAUUUCACCAAUAGAGUUUUCGGAGAUGGUGGUGUUUAUGGAGCAAGAUACGAUGAUAGUGCCGAAGAAUAUAAUAGACAAAGACAACAACAACAAGAUUCUAAUGACAAUUUUGAAGAAUACAAUGUGGAGGUGGUCGAUAAGAAAAAGGCUAAACCUUCAGCCCAAGUCAGUCAACCUGCAGCUGAACCAGAUUUGUUAGGUGAUUUAAUGGGUGGUUCUUCGAAUGGUGCCACUCAAACUUCCACUCAAGCUCCUGUUGCUACUGCUGACGAUGAUGAUGAUGACGAUUUUGAUGAUUUCCAAUCUGCUCCAACUUCAAAUCCAGCUGCUGCAUCAAACUUAUCGAACUUAUCGAACUUAUAUUCAAAUUCUACUACUACAAAUUCCUUCCAACCAAAUUUCCAACAUCAACAGAGUUUUUCAACUCCUUCUUAUAACAAUCAACCAUCUUCACAAUCUUCUGGACCAGUGCAUGUUACCAAAAAGAAAGACGAUGCGUUUUCCUCAUUAUUCUCCUCAGCCAAAACCAGAAAUGUUUCUAAUCACAGCACUCCUUCAACCCCGGUAAAUAACAAUGUUUCCACAACCGCACCUAGCAACACCAACAGCACUCCAGCAAACAAUUCUAGCACUUCCAAUGGAGAAAUUGAUUUAUUAAGUUUUUAG